UGCGAAAAACGACAUGGCGGCCAUAUUGAAUUUCAUAUUGACAGUUGUUCCAAAGAUUUUCCAUCCGAGGUACAAGAAAGUGGAAGGUUUUAGUGGAAUAAUCAGCGAUUUCAGGACAUUUGUCCUUAACCUUUAAUGGUUGUGUUUCAACCAAGACAUGGACGAAGAUGAACGACAGAGGAAACUAGAAGCUGGAAGAGCAAAGAAAUCCACCAACAUGCAGCCCAGUCAGUUGCUUGCUAGCUUCCGACAGAAAAGGGCGAAAGGGGACGGUCAAGUCGCGCAGAAAAAGACGCAGAAGAGGAAGGGCCCGUCUCCAACGCAGAAUGACGGCCCAGCGCAAGGUCGCCCCCUAGGGAUGGACCUCCAGACAGACAGCAACGCCACACAGCAGGACCACGUGUGUAACCAUGAGGAACCACAACGUUUUGGUGAGACAGAUCCGAGCCAACUUCCAGAGUUCCAGGGGCACUUGGAGCAACACCAUCCCCAGGAGGGAAGCAGUGUCCUGGGGGAGCAGGCGGUCGGUGGGCAGCCUGAGGAGAUGGAGGUUGUGGAAGACGAUGUCCUAGUGGUUCACACUGGAAAAUAUCAACUCAAGCAGUUACAGGCAGCAGUAGAGAAGCGUAAUGAGAUCAUUAGCAGACUGAGCUGUAACCUGCAGGAGGCGCUGGAGAGCAGAGACCAGGUACAGCAGGAGGCCUCCUCCCUCACUGGACAGGUUCAGGCCCUGCAGAUGCAGCUACAGCAGACCUGUCAGUUCUUUCGCUCCAGGACACAAGGGGGCUCUGAGCUCUCCCUAGCCCAGCAGCAGGCCUCCCAGCCUGGCCACAGCUCCCACGACCUCUCCUCACUCCCCAACCACCUGGAGGUCCCAGUAACAGAACCAGGGAACCAAAUACGCACACUCCGAAUGGGACAUGAACAGACUGGAGCUGGGUGUGAGAGCCUAGAACAUUGUAUUGAUCCUGAGAUGGAUGCACUGAUCCACACAUUGAGGAGAGAGAUGCUAGAGGAGAGGGAUAAAAACCAGCUCAUGCUUUCCCAACUACAAGAGGAGAGGAAAGGGAGGGAGGAGGAGAGGAGAGAGAUCCACCAGUACAAGGAGGAGAAGGAGGUGUUGAAUAGGGAAUUGCAGGAGCUAAGGAGGAGACUGGAGGAGGAGGCGAGGGAGAGAAGGAUCGAGAGGGAGGAUGAGCGAGAGAUCAGGGAAAGACAGGAAGAGGAGAAGAGGAGACUUGGAGAGGAGGUGCAGAGAGUCAAACGGCUGUUGGGGGAGAGAGGGAGAACGAGGGAGGAGUUGGGAUUCAAGGCUUCUAAAGACAAACUGAACCAGGCAAAGGCCAGUGUGGAGGAGGAGGAGGAUGGAGAGAGGGAGGAGGAGAGAGAGGAGUGCCUUCUGGACGUGUCCCUCCCCACUGAUGGCACCCCGCUGUUGGAACGCUACCUGUCCUCGGCCGUCCCCUCACACUCGUGCUGGGCCAAUGAAAGUCUGGAGGAGUGCAGCCUUCUGGAAGAGCACAACCUGCUGGACAACUCUGGCAACUACAGGUUUGAGCUGGACAGUGAUAUCGUCAGUGGUGGUGACCAAUCCCAGCUGUCCUUUUCGCAGGAAGAACAAACUCACUUUUCCGUCCCACCAUCCACUGCACGGUCCCCCCACCCCGACUCUGAGAACGAAACCUUUCCCUCUUUCGCCUCCCAGUGGCAGAACGACCCCCUCUCUGUCUCACGAGACGCCAGCGAGACCUCUGAGAGACUCAGUGAGACGUCGGAGAGUCAGGAGAUCUCAGACCUGGGUAAGGAGCUGCUCAUCCAGCAGUGUGGAGACCUCAGGGAGGAGGUGGCUCUGAGGGAGAGGGAGAAGGAGGUGGUGAUGGAGGAGUUGAGGAGGAGCGCUGAGGAGCUGGAGGAGGCCAGGGCCAGGUGGGCCCAGGUCUCCGAGGAGCUGCAGGAGGUGCACUGGGAGCUUGAGGAGGAGCGGGAGAAGAGGAGGAGAGCUGAGGAGGAGGUCAGCCUGAAAACACACGAGGAGGACAAUCUGAAGAACAGACUCUGCACCUUACUGGAGGAGAGAGAGAAAGAUAUGGAGAGACUCAACUCCUCUCCUCUCCUAGAGGAGGAGGGAGGUACCCUCCUCCCCAGCCAGGAGCAAGUGAUGGAACAGCUAAAAGAGGAGAGAUCUCUCCUCCUCUCUCGUCUAAAACAGCAGGAAGAGCUGCUCUCCUCUGUCCGGUUGGAGAAAGGAAGCAACAAGGAGAAAGAGGGGGAGCUGAGGGAGGUGGAGGAGGAGAAGAGUGUCCUCCUCUCCAGGUUGAGGCAGCAGGAGCAGCUGGUCUCCUCUCUGCAGGAGGUGAAACAGGCAGGAGACUCUGUCUCCUCUGAAGUCCAUGCUCUGUUUGGACAACAGCUACAGUCACUACAGACCCAUCGUGACCAGCUUCUAGCCCUGCUGGAAGAAACUAAAUCCAGGCACAAAACCACCACUGCCCUCCUCGGUCAGAAAACCCUGGAGCUCGACACCGCUCAGAAAGAGAUGGACAGAGUCCAGAAGGAGGCGGAGACAGCGAGGCAGGAGGCGGAGACAGCGAGGCAGGAGGCGGAGGAGAGGGAGAGGAGGAUAGAGCAGACGGAGAGGGAGAAAACAGAGGUAGAGUCUGAGUUGCUGUGUCUGAGACAGAACCUGUGUAACCUGGAGGAGGUGCAGGCCCAUGGAGCGAGGGAGAUGGAGGAGGGCAGAAGGAGAGAGGAGGAGAUGGACAGAACCAUGCGGAGGAUGGAGAAGGUGAUGGCGGAGGAGCUGGAGGAGUUCCAGAGACAGCUCCAAGCCAAGGAGGAAGAGGUGGAGGAGGAGAGGGAGAAGUGGGAGGAGGAGAGGCAGGAGAAGGAUGAGGAGGUGCAGGGGGUGAGACGCCUGCUGGAGGAGCAGCGGAGGGAGAGGGAGCAGGAGGUGAAAGCUCUCCUGGAGCAGCAGAUGCGGUCUGUGGAGGAGGCCACAGAGAGACUGAGGAGAUCUCACAGUGAGGACGUGCAGGAGCUGCAGGAGAAACACCAGGAGGAGGUGUCUGAGCUGAGCGGCCGUCUGGAGAGAGAGCUGUGUGAGCAGAGAGCCACUCUGGAGGAGGAGCAGAAGAGACAGAUCAGCCUUAUCAAACAGGUGAACGAGAGAGAACACCAGAGGAUGCUGUCGGAGAUGAUGUCACAGCAGAGGGAGGAGAUUAGACGUUUGAAGGCAGAGCUAUCAGGGGAACAGAGAGAGAGCCUGGAGGCAGCCCACCAAGCAGAACUACUACAGAUACAGAGCCAACAGGCCCUGGAGCUGGAGGCGCUGCGUCUGAGCCUGACCAACCACCAAACGACCCAGCUAGAGCUCUCCCAGGCCAACCUGCAGCGGGAGCGGGAGGCCUCUCUAAGCGAGCUCCAGGCUUCCCUCAGGGAGAAGUGGUCCCAGGAGAGGGCCGUGCUGCAGGCCAGACAGCAGUUUGAGGUGGAGAGGCUGAGAGCUGAGUGUGAGGAGAGGAUCCAGCGAGAGCAGCAGGAGUAUCACAGGAACAUGGAUGCUCUGAGGCAGGAGUGUGAGAGUCGUCUCUCCCAGGAGAGAGUGUCCAUGGAGGAGCGGCAGGCUGCAGAAAUAGUGGCCUUGAGGUCCCGUUGGCAGCAGGAGUCAGAGAAGGCCCAGUCAGAGCUCCAGACACAGCUGUCAGAGGCUCGGGCAUCACUCUCUACCCAGGCAGCCUUCACCCAGACUGGGGCAGAUCUGUCCGAGGACAGGGCUAGCCUGGAGGAGCUCCAGAGGCUGGAGGGGGAGCUGAGCCAGGCCUGGACCGACAGGGACGCUGCUGCCCGUGCAGUAGAGGAUCUGGUGUCCAGACAUCAAGUGGUGCUGCAGGAGAGAGAGGAGCAAACACUGCAGCUACAGCAGGAGGUGUGUUGUCUGCAUGGAGAACAGGUGACUCUGAGACAGACUUGUGACCAGGAGGUCUCUCAGCUCUGGGCUCAGCUAGACAACAUGAGGACCAGCCGCCAGGAACUGGGAGAGUUGAAGGAGCAGCUGCUAGCUCGUUCGUCGCGGGUGGAUGACAUCGAGCGUCUGAAGGCGGAGUUUAACGAGCAGAGGCGGGAGAUCAAUGAGCAGAACGAGGUCGAGCUGGAGAACCUGAGGAGGUACUUUGAGCAGCGUCUGCGAGUAGCAGAGGAGAGCUACCGGGAGGAGAUAGCCCUGCUACAGCUGAGACUGGUGGAGGGAGCCCUGGAGGACUCUGUACUCAAGACCCAGGAUGCUAGUUUCCUGUCUGAAGGGAGAGGGGAGGAGGAGAGGACCGAUGUUCUGGCUGAGAUCACACUGAAACUGGAGAAACACCAGGAGGCGUUUGACCAGCUGCGUAUCCAGUUGGAGGAGAGACACACUCAGGAACUGUCUAACCAACGGUCCUGUAUGGCCCUGUCCUACAGAGAGGAGCUGCUACAGGUGCGUUCGGACCUGACUGAUCGUUACUAUGGCGACCUGCAGGAGCUGAAGACUCGCCACGCCCUUGAGAUGGAACAACUCCGCGCUAAACUGUCAGACAGCCAUGUCAGAGAGCUGACGAGAGUGCGUCUGGAGGCUGCCAGACAGGUGGAGGUGGAGGUGGAGCAUAGGAUGUGGUGUCACUCUGAGGAGCUGCAGACCAGAACGACCAUGAUCCAGAAUUUGGAGACACGACUGGCUGCCCUGGCAGACGCACACAACCUGGAGCUACGCUCACACACUAUGAAGCUGAAGCAGAGCUUUGCUGAGGAGCUGGGUGUGAAACUAGCAGAGGAACGUAAGGAGGAGAGGGAGCGAGUGAUGGAGGAGAUGACCCUGAGGAGAGAGGAGGAGGUGCAGAGGCUCAGACAGGAGCUCCAGGAGGAGGAAGAGGCACGGGUCUCUGCCCUGAGAGAGGAGCUGGAGAGAGGGAUGGCGGCAGAAAGGAGCGCGCUGGAGAAAGGGAUUGAGGAGGCGAGAGCGGCGCUCAAGAGUCUACAAGCCUCACUGGACAACGACCAGAACCCCCAGGCGGUGGCAGUGAGACAGAGACUAGAGGCCCAGUAUGAAGCUGAGCUGGCCAGGGCCAAGUCCACCAUGGCUGCUGAGGUCAAGGAGCUGACUGCUCUGCUUCAGGAGCAGGGAGACCAGAGGCUAUGCCAAGCCCAGGACAGGUUCCAGGAGGAGAGGGGGGAGUUGGAGCAGCGUCUGGUCCAGCAGGGUGAGGUUUCUCUGGGGAAGCUGAGGGAGGAAUACAUGGCCGCCAUGGAACUCCUGAACACCACGCUACUGACCAACCACACGAAGGACAUGGACACACUACGAACCAAUCACAAAGCAGAACUGGACUCCUUGUUGGCCAAUCACAAGGCUGAGCUCAAAGCAAUGGCAACGGAGAUCGCAACAAAACACGAGGAGCUUGUUGCUUUGGAAACCAGCCUAGAAUCAAAGCGCAAGUCAGAGCUCGAUCGCCUGGAGGCAGUCCUACAGGAAACCAAUCAGGCUCAGCUAGAGGCACAGGAGGCGGAGUUAGAACACCGGCAUCAGGAAGAGAGGGAGGAGCUGGAGAAGAGGAUGCUGGGUAAUAUGGACACACUGGAGACCACGUACCUGAGGGAGAUCCAGACUCUGCGCGAUCAGAAGUCUGCGCUUGAGGCGGAGCAUAAGCAGGAAGUGGAGCGUGAAAGGUCAAGGCUUAACCAGGAAGUGGAGCGUGAUGGGUUGGAGCAGCAGUCCGUCAGGGAGGAGCUGAGGAAGGAGCUGGCUCAGCUUCACAUGGAGAAGUUUAGCGCCAUGGCAACAGAGCUCAGCCACACCCACCAGAAUGAGUUGACAAUCCAGAAAGAGGCCUUAGAAGCUCAGUUGUCUGUCCAGAGAGAGGCCUUAGAAGCUGAACACCACAUGGCUCUGGAGGCCCUCAGGAAAAAGGUCUUGGAGUUGGCACAACAGCACUGCACCGCCUUAGAGGAGCUCACACACACCUACACCUCAGAGACACAGCAACUCAACACACAGCACCAGCAGCAGCUUCAGGAGCUAAAGAGUGCGUCUGUGAGAGAGCUGCAGGCAUGUCGCCGGGAGCUGGAGGAGGAGUCGUCACGGCAACGGCUGCACUUCCUGGAGGAGGUUGAGCUUCUGAAGGCCCAAGCAGAGGAGAGUCUUGAGCAGAAGAUCAGCCAACUGAAGGCGGAGUUUGAGGAGCAGAAGGAGGCGGAGCUAGCAGAACAGAGGCAGACCUUCAGUUCUGAGCACGAGCAGAAGGAACAAAGCUACACCGACAAGAUGAGCCAGCUCACUGCACAACUGCUACAGCUGGACACUGUGGUGUCACAGCUGCGAGCGGAGGUGGGUAGUCUACAGGGGGAGUUGGAGGGGAAGAGAUCGGAGAUGGAGACCCUGGAUACACUCCUCCAACGGCGAGAACGAGAGAGUCAGGAGGGAGGCAACCUCCUCAACAUGCUUACUGAGGACCUACACACUGCCAAGGAGGAGAGGCAGUCUCUCCAGUCAGCCAAUGAGAGGCUGAGGAAGGUUCUGGUUGAGGUGGUUUUGAGCACCAUGGCAAUGGAGGAGCUAAUCGGCCGCCGGGUCAACGCCUGUGUCGGGGUCAAAGGUCAUGAUCAGGGUGUGAGUCCAGGAGAGAGAACAACCAAUCAGGAGACAGACAUGUCGACAGGCGAUCUGGAUCUCUCUCAGCGUGUGUGUGAGAGCCUCCUACUGGCAGAGUCCCAAACAAACUCUGGAGGAGAGGAAGCAGCCCUGGGAGAGGAGGCAGCCCUGGGAGCCUGCAGCCAACUACGCCACUCUGUGGACACACUCCUGGAGCUCCUCACACGUGCUAACACACAGUUGGAGGAGUCUUGUUCUGUCCAUCUGUCUCUAGAGGAGAGAUUUUCCCAGGGCCGUUCAGACUCCUCCCAGAUGCUGCUCCAACACCAGCUCGUAUUGGAUCAGCUGGACCAGGAAGCGGGGCUAAAGAGCAAGCUCCAGCUGGAGCUCCACAAGGCCGAGGGUCUGUUGGAGGGCUAUGUAGCUGAGAAGGCAACUCUGGAAGAAUCUCUACAACAAAAGGAGGCUCAGGAAGAACGGCUUGUUGAGGAGCUGGAGGGCCUCCGGGCGCAGCUGCACCAGAAGGAAGGCCUCACCUCGGAGCUGGAGAACCUCAGGGUGCAGCUGCAGGAGCUCAGCGAGGAGCACAGUCUCCUCCAGCGCCAGAAGGUUCAUCUCACCGCCGGACUGGGAGAGAGAGAAAAGGGCCUUCUGGUUGAGGCAGAACGUCUGGGCCAGGAGAGGCUGUGUGUGCAGCGGCAGGCGGAGAAAGACCGCAGCUCACUGUCGCUGCGCCUCAGGGCUCUGGAGACCGAGCUAGAGGACCAGGAGAACCAGGGCCUCACGGCGGAGCAGCAGCACAGGGCUCAAUCAGAGGACCUCCUGCAGCGCGUCCAGGCCCUCGAGAAACAGCUCAAACACGACAGGCAGUUUAUAGACGAGCAGGCAGUGGAGCGGGAGCAUGAGAGAGAUGAGUUCCAACAGGAGAUCAGAAACCUGGAGGCUCAGCUCAGACAGCCAGCCAGACACUCUGCUGGGACCAGCAAGGGCCAGCGGGUGGAGAGCCUUCAAGCUCUCAUCAGGGACAAGACAGAAGACCACACCUCCCUGCUGGCAGCCAAUCAACAGGUCCAGCUCGAGGUUGCUGAGCGCAAUGAGGAGAUUGACAAGCUGGCUGGGCGAAUUAGGGAGCUGGAACAGGCGUUGCUAAGCAGCUCUGAGAGCAGCAGAGCUGUCAGUCAACUGGAGCAGGAGCUGCACAGAGCUCGGCAGAGAGAAGAGGAGCUCACACAGGAUAAGGAGUCAUUGCAGCAGCAGCAGUUGUCAAAUCGUCUCCAGAUUUCAGCGCUGCAGUCUAAACUGGACGAGACCCGUCACCGUUACCGUGACAACAACGCUAGCACCCCCGACCCCAUCCAGCUUCUCCGGGACACAUUGGACACCGCACAGCAAGACCUGCAGGACAAGGAGCAACAGGUGUGUGUGUUGGUUGGUCAAAUGGAGGAGACUCAGAGAGACCUGACCAUAAAAGAGGCGGAGUUAAAACACCUCACACUCCAGCUGGAGCUCCUGACCAAUCAGAACACGGAUACCAUCACCCAGCUUCACGACCAAGUCGCCUCUCUCAAAGAGACCGUUUCAGCCCUUACCUUUCGCCUGGAGGAGAGAGGGAUAGAAGAGGAGGAGAGUCUCCCAUCUGCUCUGUUAGAGGAGAAGAAUGAGGAGAUAGACCACCUGACCCAGGAGAUACACAAGCUAGAACUGGAGCUAGAGACAGCCAGGGACAUCACGGCGUUCCAGACAGAAGUUGAAGACCUGCGCUCCCAGGUGGAGCACCUCCGCUGUGACAUCAUCAGGGUGCGUCAGGACAAGCAGGAAGAGGAGGAGCGGCUUCACGAGGUCAUCAGCACACUACAGGCGGAGCUAAACACCCUUUGCCCCGCCUACCACGAGGUCAGCGACCUAUCACAAGAGGGCGACAGUGUUAACCCUUCGCCUGCUCCUAGCCCGGAACCUGCCAACUACCCCCAACCAGAGAGAGGAGGACCGAGAGGAGGAGAGGGCGACAGUCUUAAGCAGGAGAUGCGUCUCCUCCACUCCUCCUCUUCCCGUUCUCUCCGUUCCCGUGUGGAGGCCCUGCAGGGGCAGCUGGAGGUGAUGGUGGGAGAGAAGGAGGCGAUGGAGAGACUGCUGCUCUCUCAGGAGGAAGAGUACAGAGGACAGGGGGAGGAGAUGGGGAGGAGGCUCAGGAAAGAGAGGGAGAGAGGGGAAGAGGUGAAGAGAGAACUAAAUCUAAAAGAGGCUGAGCUUGAAGAGGUGAGAGCCAGGAUAGAAGGGCUGGAGGAGGAGAGGGAUGCAGCUGUGAAGGAGAGUGGUCGCUGGCAGGCUCUUGCCCAGGAUACAAACUCCCUGCGAGGGGAGAAAACUCGGCUAGACUCCCUGGUCCUGGAGCUAAAAUCAAGGGUUGAAGAGCGGGAGAAGGAGACCGAAGCCCUGCUACAGACCGUGGUGGCUGUCGAGACGGCGAAGGCAGAACUUUCGUCAGAACGCGAGGCCCUGCGGAAGAGGGAGUGCCGACUCCAAGAGGAAAUAGAACGCCUCCAGCAGGAAGUGACCUCUCAGAGGGCCUGCCUCCAGGAAGUCAGCCGUCAGCUAGAGGAGAGGCGAGCCAACCAGGAGGAGGCUCAGAAGGAAGUGCUGACGUGUGCCGAGGAGACUCUGGCGAAGGCUGACGCUGCCCUGAGACAGAGGGAGGAGGAGCUACAGAGACUAGGGGCGGAGCAUCAAGCCUUGGGGGCAGAGUUGGCAGCUGUGAAGGAGGGUCUUUGCUCCAGCACAGAGAGAGCUGAGAAACUACUGGAGGAGGGACAGACCAAAGACAGGGCCCUGGCUGACCUGGAAACCAAUAACCAGCAUCUGAAGGCGGAGCUCCGGGGCCUACAGGAAGACCUGGCCGUGCAGGAAGAGGAGCUGGCCUAUCAGCAAGGAGAACUGCUGCAGCUCAGACAGACCUGCAACCCGCACAACAGACAGACACACUCAUUGAAGGACGUCACGCCCAGAGGAUUCCAGGACGGUGUGUCUCGCAACGGGUCCCUGAGUUCUCCCGAGGUUCUCCGUCGACUGGACUGUUCUGAGGAGAGACAGAGAGGACAGGUUCCACCCUCUGUUCUCCACGGUUCUAGAAUGUCUGACCUCAGUGCUUUAAACAGCACAGGCCUGGAGCUCCAGGCUAAAGCCUCCCCCAGGGGAAGGCAAGACCAGCCCUGCCCAGGGACAAUCAGCCCAGAGCUGGGCACACACAGCACCCACUCCCCUGGGUCCAUCUCUGCCUCGGACAACCUCUCCAUGUUGGACUCAAUGGACGCUGACAAGGUGCAUGAGCUGGAAGCCCUGGACCUGACGGACCCUCCCUCAUCUCUUGGCUCCGCCUCUUCUCUGUCCGCAACGGAGUGGGCCAGUGAUGGAUAUGGCAGCAAUGUCAGUUCAGAGCUCGGUGUAAGACUCAAGGUAGAGUUGGAGCAGACAGAGAGGCUGGACGCUCAGUUCUUGGAGUACCUGCGUUGUCGAGGCAUGAACCCCACAGACAACACACGCACAGACAACACACGCACAGACAACACACGCACAGACAGCGCCGCCGGGAGUAUGAGCUACAGCGACGAACUGUUGUCUCCUGAACUACAGGGUCUGUUGAAGAAAGUGUACCAGGAGAGCUGCAGGGUUCUCGCCCUCUCCCAAAGUAAAGCCCCCUCCUCCUCUAACCACCUCUCAUUGGACCAGACGAUCUGUCAAUUAGACUCUAAAGCUCCUCCAAUGGGUUGGGAGCAGGAGAAGAGGGCGUUACAGGAAACUGUCAUCGCUCUGAGAGAACUGCUCUGUAGGAUGGCACAGAGACCGGACAACUCGGUUGAUGCUGGUUGGAGCAGAGGGCUGCAGGCUGCAGUAAGGGGUGUGUUUGACUGUGAGAGGGCAGGGCUUCGCUCUGAGCUGCAGGCUUUUCUCUCCUCCCACCCUGAGAUAGACUCCACCCACCUCCUCCGUCAGCUGGAAACACUGCUACAGAGACAGGAGGAGCAGCAGCGUGUUGUGGUGGAGCGUCUGCUCUCUGCAGACAGACACGCUCUGCAGCUGCAGCACUCUCAGGGGGAGGAGUCAUCUAAAGGGGAGGUGUUAUCCAGGCUGAGGGCGGAACUAGAGGAGAGCAGAGAACGACUUAACUCCUCCCACAGCACCCAGCAGGAACUACAAAACGAGAUCCGCAAUCUCCGCUGUGAGGAGGCUGUAAGGAGGGAAGAGACCAGAGUCCAGGAGCUACAGCAGGAGCUGGACCAGGAGAGAACUCACACACACCUCCGGGAGAAGGAAGAGGAGCAGCAGAGAUCAGAGGUCGUUACCCUGAGGGGUCAGCUGGACCAGGAGAGGACGACCUCUAGUAACCUCCGACAGGAACUCCAGAUAGAACUCUCCCGCGGCCACCUCCUCCAAUCACAGCUCGACACACGUCUAGCCGAUGCCCAUAAGGAGCUGGAAGAGGAGUGCGCCCGUUCCGCCCGGCAACUCAACACUUUCCAGUCACAGGAAAAGAGUCGGCUGGAACACUUCCUGAAAGAGGCUGAGUCCCGCCUAGCCGACGCCCACAUGAAGGAACUGGAGGAGGAACGCGAGCGCUCCGCCCGUUGUCUCGAUGACAUCACAAGCAGACAAGAAGCGGACGCGUCCCGAGACAGGAAGUUCAUCUCAGAGCUCCGCUCUCAACUGGAGCAGGAGAGGAGGCAGGGGGAGGAGCUAGCCACCGUGACAGACGGGCUGAGGGCGGAACUUCUGCAGAACCGGAGGAGAGUAGAGGAGGAAGAGAGGAAGAGGAGAGAGGAGGCACAGAGAGAUCAGGAUGCUGCAGCCCGCCUCCGAGUUACUAUGGAGACACUCAAUGAGCAGAAGCAGGAGGCUAGUCGAGCAUUGGAGACAGAGAGAGAGCGUUCUGGUCGCUUAGGGGCGGAGCUCAACGUGCUGAGGGAGAGGCUUCGAUCGGUCAAUGACAAGGAGAGGGAGCGGGAGGAACAGAGGGAGAGGGAGAGGAGGAAGGAGAGACAGGAGCAGACGGAGAGAGAGAGGCGACACGAGAGGACCAGCAACAAACUGUGUGAAUUGGAGUUAUUGCGGCAGCAGGACCAGCAGAGGAUGAGAGAUCUCCAGCAGACUCUGGCUGAGCUAGAGAGGGAGGAGAGAGAGAUGGCCACAGAGAGACUGUCCAACCGACACCAGUACAACUCCAGCCCACUCCAACCCAAGAAUAACACCUCGACUGGGCCAGACCAGACCAGCACAGCCCUAUACAACCACCAGUCUUCCUCUUCUUCCUCGGCGCUGGUGGAGAGGUUGUCGAGGGAGAACUCUGACCUGUCGGCCCGCGUGAAGGAGCUGAGUCAGGAGAGGAUUAACCAGAAACACACCCUGUCCUGUCUGGAAGGACAGCUACGACAGGCAGAGACUGAGAACCGUCCCAGCACUGACCUCAGCAACAGCAAGUUCCAGCGACUGUAUCAGCGCUAUCUACGGGCUGAGAGCUUUAGGAAGUCUCUGGUCUACCAGAAGCGCUACCUCCUGCUGCUGCUGGGGGGCUUUCAGGACUGUGAACAGGCAACUCUCUGUCUUAUCGCCCGGUUGGGGGCGCACCCCUCGCCCCCCCACGCCCACACACACUCUCCCCUCUCGCGCUUCAGAGCUGCAGUACGAGCUGUCAUCGCCAUCUCACGACUGAAGUUCCUGACCAGGAAGUGGCAGAGAGUCGUCAGGAGAGGAGUUACAACAACUGUCACUGUCAACGGACACAGCACAGCUUCCAGGACUGAGGUUUUGAGGCAGCAGCAGCCACUGGCCAAUCACAACUCCUCUCCACCUACUAGAGACAGCAGCCCCACCCGUAAGGGUGUGGUCUCACCAAUGAAAUCACCCUUCAGCCGAGUUUAUUCCAACCCGGUCCUGUCCUCUGAGCUUGCUUCGUCCAGUGUUCUGUCCCAGGAUGCCGAGUGGUCUCUGACAGACUACAUCCACCACCUGGAGAACGUACAGCAACGCCUGGGGGCUGCACGUCCAGUUAGCAGGGCUUACUUAGCCCCGCCUCCAAGUUCCCCAGAUAUGAUUGGCUAUCGGCACCAGUGGCUGCAAAAGAACAGGACAUGGCUGUACCUCAGCUGUCUGUCCCCCAUCUACCGGUACGGCCCAGACUCUCCAUGUCUUCUCUCCUACCACAAGAAGUCUGACCGCUGAAGGAAGGAAGGAAGGAAGGAAUGAAGCAAUGUAUGAAUGCCUCCUUUCAAUCCAACAUCCUUAUGAUCCGUCUUUGUGUUCAAAUAUACAAUGGAAUGUAUUUGUCUAAUAUCUGAUUUAGAAAGUUAGCAUUUAAGACAUGAAAUUAUUUUUUUACAAUUAUUUUGUUUUCUACAGAUAUUUCUGUUGACCUCCGAGUAACUCCCUAAGAGGUCUUCUCACACGAAUGCAUGUGUUUUUGAAAGUAUUAGAUCGCUAUUUUUCUACCUGAGUUUUAUACAAGUUUGUAUCUGAUUCUGUAUAUAUGUUCUUGGUUAUUAAUAUUUGUUAAAGUUUCACGUGGAUAAAUGUGUAAAGUUUCACACUGGAAUUCUGAGCUAUAGAUCAAAGCUGGUGGACAUGUUUUGUCAAUGAUUUGUUUUUUUAUCGAUCACCAUUUCUACAAAAUAAAUAUUUUAAUUGUGUGAUUACCUGC